CAGAAGAUUAGUCGAGCACUAUAAAGCGGCCGGCAGAGACACUGGACACGAGCUGAAGCGACACAUUGCAGAAGAGAAGAGAACCAACAGAAACUCCAGCACACGUAAGUGAGAGAAAUGGACGCCCCAGCACCUGUUGAGAAGAGAGGACCACCAAAGUUCAAGCAGAGGACCACUCGCACCUUCAAGAGCAAGGCUCCUAAACCUGGCCAGAAAGGCUUCGGAGAUGACAUCCCUGGGAUGGAGGGUCUCGGCACAGACAUCACUGUGGUUUGCCCAUGGGAAGCUUUUGGCGACAUGGAGCUCAGUGAUCUGGCAAAAUAUGGAAUUUUGUAGUGCAUCCACCCUUUCAACCUUCCUCCUGCUCUCUUCUGGAGAUCUCUGAUCUGCCAAGAUGAUCACACAAGGUUAUAGAAUUGUCCACUCACAGCGAGACUAAACCAGCAGCAGAUGCUCUCAGCCCAACACACAAAGAGGACGGGACGUAAUUAAUACAUUUAUUUGGGGGAAGGACGAAUGGAACUGGAGCCCUUAGCUGGAGGGAUCGAUCUCAGAGCCGCAAUAUCAUUCAGGCCCUCUCUCCUAAUUGUUGUGGUAAAAUAAAGAACUAUGUACAAAUUGA